UUCAGUUAUCUGCGUCUAGUCAGUUGAAACAGAUACAAUGUCAGAAAUUAUCAUAACAAAAGACAAUUUGUGGAAAUAUUUUGAAAGAAUUACCGAAGAGAAAUUUCGAGCAAAUUGCAAGAAGUGCGGAGAAAGUUUUACCUACAUCACAGAUACAGCUUUUUUAGCACAUUUACGUACAAAGAAACAUCAAAAAUAUUUCGUCGAUGAAGCAAACAAAAACUUAGAAGAAGAACCGUAUAUAUAUUACGACCAAUUAAAGCAACAAUGUGAAGUUUGUGAUAAAAACGUUUUAUAUGAAAGAUUUGAGGCUCACGUACAAGACCAUUUUGAAGAAGAAAUGGCAUAUUAUGAAGCGAGAAGGACUAUCAAGGAACAUAUGAUACAACAUGAUAAUUUUGAGGCAAAGUGCGGAGUGGAGAAUUGUGAUGAUAUUAUACUUCUUCAAAUUAUACCACCAUUAAUAUAUCAUUUAGAAAGCAAGCAUAGGAACGAAUUGGAAUAUAUCCAAAAGGACGCAACGCGUGUACCAACUAAGGUCACAAAUAGGGAAGAACUAUUGCAGAAUUACACAUUACACACUGAAUAUUUUCAUGCAAAAUGCAACUUUUGCAACUAUAAAGAAUAUUAUGUUGACACUGUAAAGUUUCAUGAACAUUUAAAAAACGAUCAUAACGAAGUUUAUUCAUACGAAAAUGCAAAAAAAGGAUUCCCGUGGGAACAUUUCAAAUAUUAUGACGAAGACAAUUUACAAUGUCUUCUCUGCAGAAAUUUGCAUACUGAAGUGUUUAUGCUAGAGUGGUUAACAGAUCAUAUAUAUUCGUACCAUAAUCGAACAUAUUAUGCAACUCUUCAUAACCGAAACAGCAGUGAUAUGACCUGGAAAUACAUUGACAUCAGCGGAGAUUUUCAAGUGCGAUGUCGUCUUUGUUCCGCCGAAAACAAACUUGAUAUUAACUUUACAAAAUUAAACGACCAUAUUGUAAAAACACAUCUGAAAGAGCCACCAAGUACGAAAAGCAGGUAUGAUAAAAUAGCUGAAGCGUCAGAAAGCCCACAAAAAAAAAAAGUAAGGAAAAAGAUGUGACAGUUUAUCUAAAGGUGAAUGAUGCUAACGGCGAUCAUGUAGCACGACAACCAGGCACCACGACAAAAGGCAAUCUUGACUUUGGUAAUUGAAAUAUUUUAGGUUAUUUUAUAUUAAGCAAUUUAUAAUGCACAGAAAAUAAUGAAUCUCUGACGUGUAAUAAUUUGUUUUAUGUUUAUAAAAUACGUUUAUAAAUUGACGCUUUAUAAGAAAGAUUAAGUUUUGUUUUUGGAAUUUAUGAAAUAUACUUGAUAUAUUUAAUAUAUUUGAUAUAUUUUGCUUAUAUGUAAUCUGUCUUAAAUUUGUAAACUAUGCUUAUAAUUUCAUAAAGUAAAACAAUUUUAUAAAAUAACAAUCGACUCUUCGGUUCACAAACAAAAUUUGUUAAUAAGUUAUUUAGCACAAUAUUUCAGUUUAAUUUUUAUUUCUUACAAUUCUAUGUGUAUCUUGGUUGUACGUGUAGUCUGAAUAUUUAUUGUACUUUAGACAAUUUAAAUUUAUUAUGACUCCUUAGUCAUCUUUAUAUUAUUACAAGUUUUCGAACUAUAAUAUUAAUGUAAUAAUAAUUAUUGGUAAAAUACGAGUAUGUCAGUUGGAGUUUUGCAGUUAUUAUACUUAGCCGUUUAAAUUGAUAAUACUUUGAGUAAAUAAAAAAGAUUAAUUUCUCAUUAACGAAAUGUAUGCUGUAACACAUGUAAGACGAUUUCUUUAUACAAUUGAAAAAUAUUUAAAACAAAUGCUUAUUGUAUCAUUUGGCUAUUUUCAUAAUAAUUUUUUAUUCCUUUGUUUAAUAACACUAUCAGAAACUAACGUCUAUCAGUUAAAUUCGAUAAUUAUACAAGAUUUCUCAAAUGUAUGUAGCUAUCGAAAAUCUGCAAAAACAAAAUAUUGUAACGACACAACUUUUUAAUUAUUAUAAUUCAAAAUAUAAUUGAAAAAAUUAAAACGACUCGAACGACAUGUAAAUUAAUUAUGUUUUAAAGAUUAUAACUAUUUAUUAUUAAGGAUAUAAAUUGCGAUCAUGACACUUCAUGAAACUAAAACUUAAAUACAUUGAGAGCAUAAUGUAAGCGAAUGUAUAAAUAAUGUAUUAAUUCUCUAAAGUAUUACAAGUAUCUAUAAAAUUGCGUCAUGUUAUUAUUUUAAUAUUAUGUUUAUGUAAAAUUUUUUAGAUUACUUGCUUAACCAUCAAUGCUUGCAUGAUGUUCAGUUUGCGGUACAUAAUUUUGAAUAUGGACAUAACGCAUUUUUCAAUUCAUAGUAAUUUGGUAUAAUUAAUAGUAUAAUUAUAAUUAGACUGAGUGUGGAUGUUAAU